AUGUCGUCAGGACAUUCAGAACCUCAGGUUCUGUACAGCGUCAACAACAUUCGCGCAUACCACGUGCAAGAUGGUCAGGAGCACGAGAUCACCACUUCGGGACCCCAAACCCUCUCCCUCCUCAUGGUACCAACAUCGUCGCCAUUCGCGGACCUCUCCUCGACCAACCCUACCUCGCAUGCCCCCGAAGAGGAUUUCUAUCUGCAUCUACACCUACCACCCGAGCUCGACCAACCCCUCCCAGCUACCACUCAAAUCUACCACAAGCCUCCCUCCAGCUAUCUCAUUCCGCGAUGGGAUCUAGGUCCCGAUUCCGGCGCCUUCACACGCAUCGAGUUUCCCAGCAUUGGGCACGGUCCCAACAAAGCCACCCAAGAAGAGAUCGAUACCUUCGAGACAAUCCUCGCGCAAUGCACCGCCUUCCUCGAGCGGGCUCCUGCACCAACGGGACAUGACAAAUACGACCCUUCCAGCUAUCGUCCUGGUGAAGGAUAUAUCAGCACCUCCGCCGACCAAGGUUCUGGCUAUCCCAAUGAGAAGCACCCGUCCCAUGGCCACGGCCAGAUUGUGCUAGUCGACGAAGAGAACGGCUCCGUCGUAGGCGAGCUACAAGGCGGCUACAACAUCAACGAAGGACCAGGCGUGUAUCCUGGCAGCAAGACACCGGUGGAAAUUCAACUCCCCGCUGAAGGCGCCGGCAAUACGAUUCAGGUUGGUCCCAUUAACGAAGACUAUCUCGAAACCUCGAGGCAUCCAGCAUACGCCAAGUCCACCAUCGUGCAGUCCUCCGCCCGUGCCUCCCGCCUUCUUGUCACUACCUCUUCGUAUGUGGCCAAUGCCAUGUCAUCAGGCGCCGACAACUUCCAGCGCAAGACACAGCCAAAUCCCAAGCCCAUGACAUUCAGCCCCGCUACGCAGGCCAACCUGCGCCGCAUCCACACCUUCACGCAAGGCGCCGCAGGACUCUCCGCCAAGACGGUCGGGCAGGUGGGGCGCUACGCCCAGAACAUCGGCGCCACUUUGGCGCGCAAGGGCGAGAAGCAGAAGAAAGGCUUUGACAAGAGUGGCAACCCCGACACCGGCUACAAGCCCGGCAUCUUGAACAAGAGCAUGAUCGCAUUCAGCACCAUCGCGGACGGCAUCGACCACGCUGGCCGGCAACUGCUCGCCAGCGGUUCCGCGGCUGCGACAAACGUCGUGAACCACAAGUACGGCCCCGAAGCCGGCGACGCGACGCGCAGCCUAACAGGCGGCAUCAAGAACGUCGGACUCGUCUAUAUCGACGCUGUCGGCGUGUCGCGCAAGGCGGUGCUCAAGAGCGUAGCCAAGGGCAUGGUGGUGGGCCGCAUGCCGAACGGGCAGUCGCUCGUCGUUGGCGCCGGCGACGGCGGCGUCGUGCCGGGCGACGCGUACCCUCAACAGGACGUCAAGCGCGUCGACAGCAAUACGAGCCAGGGCUACAACGUGGGCGGCCGUCUCAACAGCGCGAACCAGAGUACGACCAGCUUGCCGGGCUAUGGGGUGGAGGGCUACGGGAAUCAGGGCUUGCCGCCGGCUUACGGCGCUGGAGGCCCCGGUGAACCGCUGCAUGGCCAGCCGAGGAUUGGGGACCAGAAGCGCUGA